ACCUCUCCCCCAGUUGCCUUCGCUGCCUUUUCCUUUUCCUUCCCCUUCCUCCCCCACCGGCGGUCCGGCCUCCCUCGCUCGCCCGCACGAAGAAGAGGAAGCCGCCGAGCGCGGAGCCCAGCACGCCGCCGCCGGCCAUGUCGGUGGAGACGGAGCGGAGCUCCACCGAGUCCUCCGCGGCCUCCGGGCUCGACUUCGAGGACACCGCGCUCACGCUCACCCUCCGCCUCCCGGGCUCCGCCCCCGCCCCCGCUGCCGUCGCGGCCUCCUUGUCCUCGUCCUCGUCCUCCGCCUUCCCCGACGCCGACCGCAAGCGCGCCUCCUCCGACGCCAACCCCGACCGCUCCUCCCCGCUCGCCGCUUCCUCCGACGCUGCACCGGCACCCAAGGCGCGGGUGGUGGGGUGGCCGCCGGUGAGGUCGUACCGCAAGAACGCGCUCGCCGACGUCGCGGGAUCCAGCAAGGCAAACCAGGCCGCCAAGUUCGUCAAGGUGGCCGUCGACGGCGCGCCCUACCUGCGGAAAGUGGACCUCCAGGCGUACGCCGGCUACGACCAGCUCCUCCGCGCGCUCCAGGACAAGUUCUUCUCCCACUUCACCAUCAGGAAGUUCGCCGACGACGAGAGGAAGCUGGUGGACGCGGUGAACGGGACGGAGUACGUGCCCACGUACGAGGACAAGGAUGGCGACUGGAUGCUCGUCGGCGACGUCCCCUGGAAGAUGUUUGUGGAAACCUGCCAGCGCCUUCGUCUGAUGAAAGGUUCAGAGGCCGUUAACUUAGCACCAAGAGCCGCCCGAUGAGGCGCACUCCACCUGUUGGUACGCACUGGCUUCUUGAAGGAAAGAGGAAACUUUGCUGUUUUGAGGAUCUUCACGUGAGAUAGAAAUGUGUACAGUUGUCACCUACUGCUUUUGGUCCCCUUAUGCUAUUGAGUUGAUGAAAGUUUGUAGUUCCGUUACUUAUCUGUAGUUUCUACUUAUAGAUCCGAAGCUUGAAAUACACAUGGCUACAGUGUCUUUUGAUAAAUAAGACCAGACACACCAAACCGAACUCGUUCUUCCACAUUUCCACACGGUUGCUAUUUUGUGGUUAUGUGGUGGUGCUUGCUAUAGGUGUGCGAGGCUGAUGGCAUAGCUGCCAUUUAUACAUCUUAAUCGUAUUGUGUUGAGCUAUGAUUUUGUUUGAUAGUUCAUGAUUGUCCAUCCUAUGGGAUGCUUC